AUGUAUAUGUAGCCCACCCCCGACCCAGAACGUCGCAUCAUAACCAAGUGAUUCAACAUUCCCUUGCUCUUCUGGUGUUUGAAUUUUUUACUAAUAUCUAUAUGCAGGAUAGCUCCCCGUACGAGGACAGAAUGCCGAAAGACUCGUUUCCCCGGAUGUCGCAAGCAGAAGCAGCAGCCAUGUUUAGACCUUUCAGUAUCCAGGAUUUCCAUCAAGUUAUCUUCGACAUGUAGCCGUUCCAAGCCCCAGGUCCAGAUGGGUUCCAAACAGUAUUUUACCAGCAGUUUUGGCAGGUGGUAGGGAAGGCUCUCUCCGAGAUGGUUGUUUCCUUUUUCACUACAGGUACACUUCCAGAAGCCGUGACGGAGUCGACGCUUGUCCUCAUACCUAAAGUGGAUUCGCCGGAGAGAGUGACACAGCUUCGGCCUAUUUCUCUGAAUAACGUGUGCCUGAAGAGUAUUACUAAGGCCAUUACUUCGAGGCUGAAACCCCCUAUGAGGAAGUUGGUCUCUCCGAGGCAUAGCAGCUUCAUUCCAGGCAGACAAACGACGGACAACAUUAUUGUUGUUCAAGAGGUCUUACACACGUUGAGGAAGAGGCGAGGGAAGAAAGGCGGCAUGAUCUUCAAAAUCGAUCUAGAAAAAGCUUAUGAUAUGCUUCGGUGGGACUUUGUGCGGGAUACUCUGAAAGAGGUUGGGCUGCCGAGCAGUUGGAUUACCUGUAUCAUGUACUGCGUGGAGCACAACACCAUGAGAAUCCGUUGGAAUGGAGAAUUGUCUCAGCCGAUUACCCCGUCUCGCGGAGUCCGUCAGGGAGACCCCCUUUCCCCUUAUCUCUUUGUGCUUUGUAUGGAAAGGUUAUCUCACAGGAUCGAUGAGGCGGUUAGCAAUGGGCAAUGGAAACCUGUACGGUUAACCAAUGCCGGGCCGCCACUGACUCAUCUUUUUUUUGCAGAUGAUCUCUUGUUGUUUGCAGAAGCAGAAAAGAGGCAGAUCCGGGUCAUCAAGCAGUGCCUAGAGGAUUUCUGUUACAGCUCGGGACAGAGAAUCAAUUUCAGCAAGUCUAUCCUCUACGUCUCCCCGAACGUUGCUAGGCACAAGGCAGAGGAUUUGAGCACUUGUUCGGGCAUCCCUUUGAAAGCUGCUCUUGGGAGAUAUCUUGGCAUCCAGGCAAUCCAAGAAAGAGUCACCAGAGGGAUAUACCAAUCCCUUAUUCUGCGCAUUCAAAGGAAAAUGGCUCCUUGGAAAGCGAAACGCUUAUCCUUCGCAGCUAGACUCACAGUCGCUAAGUCAGUGACCGCUUCUUUGCCGGUCUAUACGAUGCAUACUGAAUUGAUUCCUAGUGGUGUGUGCAGGAACAUUGACAAGAUUACUAGGGAUUUUGUCUGGGGAGCGGAAGAGAAUCGGUCCAAGCUGCACCUGGUGGCUUGGGAGAGGCUGACGCUAGCAAAAGAUCAGGGCGGGGUGGGUCUGCGUCCAACCCGUCAGGCUAAUUUGGCUAUGUUGGCCAAGAGCGCCUGGCGCCUUCUUCAAGAGAAGGAUAACCUGUGGCGACAACUGCUUCUCUCGAAGUACGGAGGGCAAAGAACAGGGCUUGAUGUUCUACGGAAAAAUCAGGGAAGUUCCUUCACCUGGAGUAGCUUCUCUAAAGCUGCUGACCUUCUUAAACAAGGUUGUGCGUGGAAUAUUAAAAAUGGGAAAAAGACUAAAUUCUGGUGUGAUCCGUGGAUUUUGCAGGUUCCCCUGAAGGAAGUCAUGACGGGAGACUUGUCGGGAGAGGCAGAAGAAGCAGUGGUAGCGGACUUUGUUCGGGACGAUGGGAGCUGGCGCACGGAGCUAUUUUCCAAUCUGCUUCAACCUGACAUUUGCGCCAAGAUCACUAGCACGGCCGUUGAUAAGAUCUCUCAAGAGGAGGAUACGUUGUUCUGGUCUCCGUCCGCUGAUGGUCGCUUCUCCACCAAAUCAGCCUAUGAACUCCUUUCUCUGCAGGAUCAGCAGCCUCGGGAUGGAAUUUGGAAGGCAAUAUGGCGUCUCCCAGUUCCGGAGCGGAUUAGAGGUUUCGUGUGGUUGGCAAUACAGGGAAGGAUAGCAACGAAUGUGCUCCAUUUUCAGAGUAAGGUGGCGGAGUCUCCUUGCUGUCCGCGUUGCGAAGGGCGUCCGGAAACAGUUCUCCACAUUGUGCGCGACUGUGCUCCUGCUCUCUACUUUUGGUCCAGACAGGUCCCUCAAGGAAAGCAGCAGUUCUUCUUCAGCGCCAACCAUGAUGAGUGGUUUCGCAGUAACCUGUCUAGUCAGGAGACUUCCACGUCGGGGAUCAACUGGCCGGGUUUCUUUGGUAUGACCAUAUGGCUCCUUUGGAAGAACCGCACUACUGCUGCCUUCAAAGGUAUAGGUGCGGCUCUCACUGCACCAUCUCUUAUGCACUCUAUUAUCACCAAGAGUAGAAUUUGGAAUGAAUCUUGGCAGGCCCCGGAGCUGUUCCUUAGCCAUAAGAAGCACAAGGCCGAUCGGGUGAUAGCAGCAGUGGGGUGGACUCCGCCAGCAGAAGGGUGGGUAAUGGUAAACACGGAUGGGGCCUCGAAUGGAAACCCGGGUCCGGCCGGGGCGGGCGGUGUUGUCCGUGAUACUCUGGGAAACUGGUUGGGAGGAUUCGUCGCCAACAUUGGUAGCGCCACUGCCGCCUUAGCGGAGCUCUGGGCCAUUUUCUAUGGCUUAGAACUGACUUGGAAACUUGGUUUUCGGGUGGUGAAGGUAGCCACCGACUCGCAGCUUGCUAUUCAGUUGAUUCAGGAUCGUCAUGAUCCCAUCCACCCCUAUGCCACUUUGUUGAGUCUCAUUCGGCGGAAGAUGGGUCAAGAUUGGUUGGUUAGUCUGACGCAUACAUACUUAGAAGGGAAUAGAGUCGCGGACUGGCUCUCGAAGCACAGUCUCGUCUAUCCCUACGGUAUGUAUGAGUUGGCUGAUCCACCUAUGGACAUGGUCGCGAUUCUCCAGGAUGAUGCUAGAGGCACUACUUUUGAUCGCCGUAUAGUGGUCAAUCAUCCCCCUCCUAUUUAGCCUCCCCUGUACUCCUUCUCUUUCUCUGGCCUUCGGCCUCCCCUGUAUGCAAAAAAACAAAGUGAUUCAACAGUCAAAUGAAAUGAUUCAGUGAUU